AUGCUCACCUUGAUAGACCAACGUGAUGUUAUCAGACAACAGCCUGACUUGCAAGGACUCCAGUUCCUCGGUUGGCUGAAUGUUAUGCUGGCUUUGUUCAUUGGGAAGGCAUUUAUAGGGGAGAAUCAGUGGGGGAAGACUGCCCGGUGCAUCAAUGUGGAGGAGUUUAAGAAGGCCUUGGAGGAGCUGGCCCCAAAGAGGUUUAAGGACAAGAGCAAGGAGGAAGCAUUUGACGCCAUCUGCCAGCUGGUGGCUGGCAAAGAGCCAGUCAACGUGGGCGUCACUAAAGCCAAGUCGGUGGGCGCCGUAGAGAGGCUCACCGACACGUCCAAGUACACGGGCUCCCACAAGGAACGCUUCGAUGAGACCGGCAAAGGAAAAGGCAAGAGUGGCCGUGAGACCCUUGUGGACGACAGUGGUUACGUGGCGGCCUACAAGAACGCAGGCACUUACGACACCAAAGUGAAGAAAUAGGAGUGGCUGCCCCUCGUGGCCGCUCUUUCCCAGACCCUAAUGACAUCCCCCUCCCCCCCGGUGGGAUUCAGCUUUGCUGGGCCCGCUCCGAGCCUCAGAGCCACAGCUGGAAGGGGUGCCUGUUUCCCGAGCGGCCCAAGCAGUUGCCGUGUUCAGCCUCCGACAUCCUCCUCCUCGGAGGGCCUCUACAUCUCAGCUCGCUUCCUUUCUCACUGUGGCCCGCUCUCUUCCCCAGACCACCUCUGCUUCUCCUCAGGUUGUUGCCAAAGACUCCCUUGCUCUGCUCGCUAGUGCUAAUCGUGAGUCAUUCCUGCCCCCAAGGAAAAGAAAAACUGCACGUCCUGAAUUUACUGGUUGAUGACAGAGUUUCUGUCAGAUAAACAAGAUGGCGGCUUCUAAUCCACUCCUAGGCUUCUGACAGGGCCUACCAGGCCUCACCCCAGCCCCUCUCAUCAGUGCUAAAAGUCUGGUUCCUGCACCCCAGAGCUUGCAGCCUUCCCCUGUAGCGCUGCUUUGAAAUGUAUAAGAAACUGUAUAUAAAUAAAGUUCUACUACUA